AUGCUCGAUUCCAAGCAGUGGACAAGCAAUUGGAAACUCUGCGGCGGGAAAUACAGGCCCUUUCCGGCCGUAUUCAUGAGCUCGAAUCCCCCCCGUCCUUCGGCCCCACCCGCCACAGGGAGCCUACACCGUAUCCUGGGCGCCCCCAAGUCCCCGACGUAUGUUGGGCCGACGAGCGCGGAGUUUGGCCUCACUCAAGCUCAAAGGUCCUUAUCCCACCAAGCUGGCGACUGUCCCACAAUUGACGACUCCGCUGAAGACCUUGACCUAUCAACUGCUCCUAGUCCUGUGCCGUCGGAACGGGGUGAAAAUGCUCCACUCAGGCAUCCUUUGAGAAGCCUGGGUGUAGAUGAAACCCUGCGAUUAGUCCAAGUUUAUGAGGACACAGUGGGGGUGAUGUACCCCUGUGUUGACUUAGACGGAGUGCGGGCAUAUGUCCUUGAGUUCUAUCGGUCUCAUGAUUCUUCAUCUUCAUUGAUGCAGACGGCCUCGGAUCAGGAUUGGUUCUCGGCGCGCGAUGUCCAGGUGCUGAAGAUUCUGUUGGCGAUCGCUCUAUUAGUCGAAUCGCAUGGUCGCAGUGAACGUGCCGCUCAAUUGGCUGACAGUGUGGAGGAUCGAUUCGCCAGCCGAAUGAAAAUUGCCGAGGUCGACAUGAAAGAAAUUCUCAUUCUUACUCUGUUGUCGAUUUUUCACUCUUACCGUGAUGAUGAAGUCAUCGCUGGGCGUUUAAUUAGCAUGGCGGUUCGGGGGAGUACGGAGCUAGGUCUCCAUCGUCAAGAGACAUGGCAAAAGACAGGAGGCGUUUUCCCGGGUGAAUUAGAAUGGACAUGGGCAAGUCGAUUGUUCUGGUGCAUUUAUGUGUUAGAUCGCAAGUGUGCCUUUGGCACAGGUUUGCCCUUUUCCAUUCAAGAUUCCGAUAUUGAUACCAACUUACCCGAGCCGGGACACUCUACCCCGUACCUGACUUGCCUGAUCUCUCAUGCACGGCUAAGCACAAAGAUCUGGGGCCUGGUUGUUGGAUGGCCCAAUCGGUCACAAGCUGCUACCUCAGAUGGCUGCGCCUAUUUAGACGCUCAGGUUCAGGAAUGGGUCCAUUCCAUUCCGCCUGAAUUACGUUUCGAUCCAUCCUGGCGUUCCCCCGCUGGAUCAGAGCACACUGACCGAGCUAUAAUGCUCCAGGUUUUUCUUGCUCUGCAGGCAAACCAGCUUCGAAUUCUGGUGUAUCGGCAAAACCUGCUCAGCUAUGAGCGCAUAGCGGACAACGUGGCCGGUGCCUCGACCGCUGUGGAAACGGCCAAGAGCACCGUUCAUAUGCUGGACUAUUUCAGCCGGGUUUCAAGUAUAUAUUUUCAGCGACCGGAGCCAUUCAACUAUUUUCUCUUAUCAGCCCUUGCUGCCCUCUUUUUGGCCGUUUUACAUGCCCCGGCGCGUUUCAGCCGUGUUUGCCGGCCCGAAUUUUAUACGGCCGUGGACAUGGUCCGCCGCUCGGCCACGCGUGCACGUACUUCUCGGAGAUUGCAAAAGAUUCUUAACGCUUUGAAACGGAUUCGAUUGAAUCUCAAGGAUAGUGAAACUGGCCACUCAUUUCAUGCCGAGAAAGAGACGCUUGAUUCGCUUUCAUCCCGUGGAAUUUGGGAUACAACGCCGGGAUCAAUAGAGUCUGCUGUACGUUGUGCUCCCCUCCACCAAUCUCAUCCCCCAUCCAACACUUUCUGGCCAAUGUCACCUGGUACAGUUGCUGGGCCGGAACCCAACGUGUGUGAAGAUUUGAGCAGCUUUUUUGAGAUUGCGGGUGGAUUCUACUUUGACUCCCAGUCCAGUUCGGACCUUCCCGCCGGAGCAGAUGUGGGGUUAACCCCUCAAGGUGAUACACGGUCACCCAAUGCGCUAGACGCAUUUCAUGCCGAAGAUGAAGCACUGACGCGAGUUAUGGCUGGUUUACUGUGA